CUUCUCCAAGUGAUGUAAGGUUGUAUCUGACUCUGGAUGUAUGCGUUAACUUGAAGAAAAUCCCGCAGCGCUGAUGUGUAUACCCCACUACGUUUCUGCGAUUGUGUCAGUUGACUUCUAUCGGCAUCGCCACUCGUGGGAUGCUGCCAACUUGCGACGUUUGCCAUCACGCACGGCCUCAAGAGUGCCGAUCAUCAGCGACCGGGAUAUUUCUAGUCUGGCUCUCUUCGCGGACUUAGUACCCGAGUAUCGUGUGUGCAUGGUGCAUCUAUGCGCCGUGUGUUUUCUCCUCGCAUAUCUUUAGUGUAUUUAAUCGCAUAUUUAAUCGUUUUGUUCUUGUCGAGUCUUAAGUGUCGUGUCGAUUCGGUGACGAAUGUGAGAGUCGGAGAAGAGAGAAAAUGGCCGAUAAAAAAAUGGUAACACCGAGACGGAAGCGGCUCAACGAUCCUUUUCAAGGGUCAAGGCCGUCGGAGAGGUCGGAAGUACCAAAGGAACCGGCGAGGCCGCCGAGAACAAGAACGCAACAGAUCGCAAAUCUGACGAGUCACAAUUCCGAUUUUAGAAAUGACACGCAACGUAGCAUGUUUAUGGAACCGCAAGAGAAACCGACCGAGAAGGCCCCGAUGACGACCCUCGACGAGAACGUGAAUCGUGUACCACGACAACAGCGUAAGACAAUCGAAAAUAUGGAUUAUUUAGGAAAGAACGAUCGAAUAGAAAGGCUUUCGCCGAUGGACGCACAGACAGAAGACGUGGAUGGUGGACGGCCUGUCCAAGUGGUACUUGCUCAUCCAGAUCAUACCUUCGAAUUAGAUGAAGAUGCAUUGUCUGAAAUUCUCCUACAUGACGACGUGAAAGAUAGAAGUGUGGUUGUGGUGUCUGUUGCAGGUGCCUUCAGAAAAGGCAAAAGUUUUCUUCUUGACUUUUUUCUUCGUUACAUGAACAACAAGUACAUAUUACACAACGAUGCCGACACGUGGUUAGGCGCCGAGGACGAGCCGCUGAGUGGUUUUUCGUGGAGGGGUGGUUCCGAGAGAGACACCACGGGAAUAUUGAUGUGGUCGAAAGUUUAUCCCGCUAUCUUGGCGAACGGUGAAAAGAUCGCUGUGAUUCUUAUGGAUACUCAAGGCGCUUUCGACAGUCAGUCAACGGUGCGAGAUUGCGCAACGGUGUUCGCAUUGAGUACAAUGCUGUCCUCCGUGCAGAUAUACAAUCUGUCGCAAAACAUUCAGGAGGAUGAUCUUCAGCAUCUGCAACUGUUCACCGAGUAUGGUAGACUGGCACUUGAGAGUUCCGAUAGCACGCCUUUCCAGAGACUGCAGUUCUUAAUCAGAGACUGGGUUUAUCCAUACGAGGCUGAUUAUGGUGCGAAUGGUGGAAAGAAGUUGCUCGACAAGAGACUGGAAAUUUCCGACAGGCAACAUCCAGAAUUACAGAGCUUGCGAAAACACAUCAAGUCCUGUUUUUCGGAUAUUUCGUGUUUCCUCAUGCCGCAUCCCGGUCUCGAGAUUGCAACAAAUCCAAAAUUCGAUGGUAGGUUAUCCGAGAUACAAUCCGAGUUUAAAAAACAAUUGAAAGUGCUCAUACCGAUGAUAUUGGCGCCGGAAAAUUUGGUAACUAAAAAAAUCAACGGCCAAGUUGUGAAAGCGAAAGAUUUAGUGGAAUAUUUCAAGAGUUACAUUAAUCUUUACAAAGGAGAUGAACUUCCUGAACCGAAAAGUAUGCUCGUGGCUACAGCAGAAGCUAACAAUUUAACUGCCGUAGCAGAAGCUAAGGAUUUGUAUCUUCAAAUGAUGGAAAAUGUAUGCGGUGGGACGAAACCAUUUUUAGCAACGGCUCAUUUAGAAUCCGAACAUCAACGUUGCGUGGAUUUAGCUCUUCGUCAAUUCCAGAAUAAACGAAAGAUGGGCGGAGAAGAAUUCAGUCAAAUAUAUAUGGAAAAAUUAAUUAAAAACAUGGAUGAAGCUUUCUUGCAAUUUAAGGCACACAAUGAAAGCAAAAAUAUCUUUAAGGCUGCGCGAACGCCAGCAGUGUUUUUCGCAAUUGCCGUUACUAUGUACAUUUUAUCCGGAAUAUUUGGUCUUGUUGGUCUGUACACAAUAGCAAAUAUAUGUAAUUUUAUUAUGGGUGUUGGCCUCCUCACACUUGUCCUAUGGGCAUAUAUAAGAUAUAGUGGAGAAUUUAGAGAAAUCGGAACACAAAUAGACGACUUAGCCAGUACAAUAUGGGAAAAUUGUACUAAUGAAAAACAAUAUUUAAGAAAGCUGAGUGCUAACAGGAGCAAAUAUCAAAAGUUCAUGAAGCCAAUCUACCAGCAAUUUGUGGAGAAGUCAGUGUCUGUAGCAGUGGCGCAAGCUGCUGAAAUGGCGGUGACGAAUUCAACAAUGAACGCCACUGUCACUGUCAAUGGCAAGCCUAAAUUAUCGUAAUAUUCAUUCCCACGAUGUCCUGAUUGUUCAAAUGAAUCGAAAUAUUGCAUCCUUAUAUGUUAAUAUGAAGUGGCAUAACCAAAUUUUAUAUCGUCUUCUUUUUGACAAAUCGCCAUGAAUAGUUUUCUCUGUUUAAAACUGGAUUAAACAUUAUGGCUUGGAAAUACUAAUUUGAAAAUGACUGUGAAUGUAUAUAUGAUGUAUUCUAAUUAUAAAAACAGUGUUAGAUCGAGGGAAAUCGUGAUUACUAAUAUUGCCUAUAUCCUUGAUAUGGAUGUUGUAAAAAUAAAAUCUUGAACUGACGAAAAAUAUUAUUGUAACUUGAUUUGAAAGUUUUAUCACAGGGAUGUUAACAUAUUUAAAGAAUUAUCAGAAAUUAUUAAAAAGUAGGAAAGUGCAUUUUUUGAAAAUAUUACGAAACGUUAGGAAAAAUAAGUUCUUAUGUAACAAGUCUUUUUGUUCUUUUCCAUUAAGUAUAUACAUUUUUUCUGUUGUAUCCAUUACGUUUAAAAUGCAUUUCGGAUGUUUUGUUUUAAUAAGAAGGAUUUUGUUUUGCUCUUAAGAUUACGUUUAACGCUUGUUAUUUUAUGUGUUAUUUAUUCAUGCUUGGACUAAUAAAGUUCAGAUUUCAUUCGUGCCAGAAACGCGCUACGUGAGUUGUAACUGGACUACUAUUUAAUAAAGGAAAAAAAUGUA